GUUCAUUCUCUCCCCAACAAAAACAAUUGGGUAUUCUAGAAGAGAAAGAGAUCAAUGUUUCUGAGAUGGAGACCCUAAAUGGGUAUAUUCUGGAAGACAAAGAUAUGCAGCCUUUUGUCAUGGUACGCAAGUUUGAGGGCCGAAGUCAAGGGCAUCAAGGCACGGAGCUACGGCCACGUCACAGAAGGAGUGUGCAGCGUCCAGGGGGCAUGCCAUACAGCGUCGCAAAGUGCAAGCGCAGACACGAGGGCAAGCACAAGCACAAGCACAGGCAUAAGCAUGGGUGCAAGCGGAAGCAUGGACGUGGGCAUGCACGACGUAGGUGUCAGUAUCGUGACACGGGGUUGCGAUUACGACACCUAUGCAUGCGAGGGCAUAAGCGCAAGGGGUGCGAUCAGGUUUAAGGCAUUGGCGCACACAGGAGCAGCCAAGAGUGUCCACAGAGCGUGCAAUGCCAGCAACGGAAGAAGUGUCAAUAUGCGAGAAAUACACGGGGUUAUGGUGUCGACACCUUUGCGACAGACUGAAGCAGUCCAGAACUCUCUAGAAGCUGCUGGGCGCACGAGAAUAGUUCCAUACAGGGGUCUGGAAGGGCUUGUUGGGCCAAGCUCGACCUGGGAAACUCCUAGGGCCUUGUACAUAAUUCUAGAAUGGGUUGUUCUAGAAUAAUGUAGGACUAGGUUAGAAGGGAGAGUGGAGAAGGUUCUGGAAAUUGUACAUAUGAGGGAAUUUUGUGGAGUGUUCUAGAGACUCAUCUGCAGAAGGGACUUGGGCCAAACCUCUUCUAUAAAUAGGGAGGCCAAAUAGAAGAGGAGGCCAGCAAGAGUGGGCUAGCAAGAGAGUUGGCUGGCUAAAGAGUGAGCUGCUAGGUGAGUGAGUGCAUAGAAGAGCUGUGUACUCAAGCUCUUGUACACUUCCUUGUGAUCUUAAUAAAUUCUCUUCUUCUCC